UAAGUAGUAAAGGAGAGCAGUAAAGCAAAACUAAGCUCGCCAUCCAUUCUAUCGGAAACCCAGUUAGUGAUCCAUGGCGCUCGCUAGCUGCUUCUUUCCUCUACCGCCUCCGUCUCGCGGCGCCUGCUCUAGGGCACAUUCCGCUGCCGCGGGUACCGCCACUUCUCCUCCCUCCUCCGGAACCCUAGAAGCGAUUCUCAGUUCGAGGAUCAUCGCUUGCCUCCGCGCCCAAGAUGCUGAUACAGCCAUGGAAGCUGCCUGUGCUGCUCUAAGCGGGGGCAUAUCUGUUCUAGAGAUUGUGAUGUCUACUCCAGGGGUAUUGGAGGUUGUUCUUUUGUUCCAUCAUGUGGUAAAAGAGCUUCUGAACCAUUACCCUUCAUCAGUUAUAGGGGUCGGAACUGUCUUAAAUGCUGAGGAUGCAAGAAAAGCUGUUAAUGCUGGAGCUGGAUUCCUGAUGAGUCCUGGUACAAUAAUGGAAAUAUUAGUUGAUCACCACAAUAGUAAUGUGCUAUAUAUUCCAGGAGCAAUGACGCCAACAGAAGUAUUAUUUGCACAUAAUACUGGUGCUAGAAUUGUCAAGGUGGCGAAAGAUAUAUUUCUGCAAUUAAGAAACCAUUUCCCCAUAUUCCAAUGGUUGCUUCGCAAGGCAUCACAACAGGUUGUCUACAUCAAACGCAUAGAAUUCUUCACUUACUUUUUAAUGUUGAAUUCUUCGCCUUUUAUUAUAUUUUUCUGCAACAUUAGAUUUUCAUUCCUUGCUCAUCGUAUCCAAAUGGAUAGAAUUUCAACAAUUUCAUGUAUAGUGUGUUCUUUAUUGGUACAGAAAUUUAUUUCUGUUAUUUGUAGACAUUAAUAUGUGAUAAUAUAGAAGACAUGAGAAUAUGACAAUAUAUCAUGAGUCCAAUUUGUGAUCAGAUUCUAAAAUGACGCUAACAAGAUUAUUUGACUUAAUAUUCAAAGUAAUCCUGUCAUCUGGUUUCUUUUGCUUCCAAAGUGAUUGGUGUUGGUAUCCGAAGGUUUAUAGGCUCUCUCUGCUAUCCGCCUUUUUUUGUUAAUUGUCAAAGAUAUAUGCUCUCACAUAUUCUUAUAGAAGUCCUAUUUUAUGCUCCAUGAAUCCAUAUAUAGUUCUUAUGAUCAUCCAUUUUUGUUAUAGAAAUGACAAUAAAACAAGGUACGGAUUGCUACUUUGGUCAUUAUUUAACAUUGCUUCUUAUGCAGAACAUCCCCAACUUGUUUUAGUGGUCAGUUGAAGUUUUAAUUAUUUUGAUGAACCAUAAGUUACAUGCGCAACUAGGUGGUGUUUUUUGGAUUGUUCUUGAGUUCUUGGGUGAUGUUAUCAUGUCUUUUAUAUCUACUAGGUUAUGCAUGAGUUAUCACUUUCUGCAUUGAGGCUAAUAGUUGCAUGGUGCUAUUUGCUUUCAAAGUAACUUGUUGAUCAACAUUUGUCCUGUUUGGAGUACUUGCUAAUAAUUUGGUAAUUGAAUAUUAUCAAACCAUCUACCAAAUAUACAGAGACAAUUGGAAGAUACAUAGGAUGUGGUGCCUCCGCUGUUGUACUUUCAGAUGCUAUAUUUGAGAAAGAAGCUAUGGCACGAAGAGAUUUCAAAGAAAUAUGCCGACUUGCUCGUCUUGCAACUCUUCAGGUUGGCCAAUCAGCAAAAAUUUAAGCAAAAUAAGGGAACAAAAAACAUAGCCACUUUUUUGAAUCCAAGAACUGCUCAAGGCUAGAAUGCUAGUUAAGAGGACUCUGUUUCUUAGAAGGACUUGAUAGUUUGCUCGUGCUUUUAACUUACUGCAAAAAAGGAUAAAUGGCUAAGAGAGCAACAAUCUACAUGGGAAAUAUAAAGAUCUAUUAUGAUGAUACAGUCUUACAUGGAGUUCAAUGAGGAUAUAAGACCAUUAUAGCUGGCUCCAAGUAAUUAGGAACCUUGGUUUGAUUGUGCUGUUUGAUGUGUAUACAAUGCAGUGAAAUUGGAUCUACAGCAUAUACAUGGAACUCUGCAUUCAGUGCCCCGCAAUUGUAAAUUCAUCUCUUUCAACUUUGUCUACGCAUACUUGCUGAUUAUGCUCAAAGACACUAGGUUAAUGGGCAUGAUUGUUGUUUUCUUAAUCUAACAAAAUCUGUGAUACUUUGGGUUGGAUUAUUUCGGCUACAGAUGUAAUCCCACUUUUGUAUGUUGGGCUUGAUUUGAUUCAAUCUUUGCCCCUUGAAUCUGUUA